UGUGCCUCCAUUGCUGAAGAGUUCCGCUCACAAGAGAUUGAUGGUCAAGCUUUAUUAUUGUUAAAUGAAGAACAUCUAAUGACGAACAUGAAUAUUAAACUUGGUCCGGCGCUAAAAAUAUGUGCCAAGAUCAAUUCUUUAAAAGAAUGUGAAUGA